CAAUCAGCUUUAGCUUUGAUUCGUCCUUCUAUCGUGUAUGGAAGACAAGAAUUGGGCGCGUCAUAGCCUGCUAACAGAGCUAUCUUGCUUCGCCACUUGUUCUCGCGGCUUCGCCCCUUUGUGAACGCGCGCUCAAGCCAAGCUACGCAGGCUUGGCUCGUCACGCAUUUUUCCUUCCCGGUAGGAUUGCGUGACAAGCCCAAAAAACGCCUGCGAAGGCUGCUGACCAAAAGAUAAGCGGGCUCUGUCUAUCUCGCUGGGUUCGUCUGCGUCUGUCCGUCCUUGUUCUAACUGUAAGACAAUGGAGUGGAACUUUCUCUCCUGUGUUGGCGCUGUGUUUCUAGGCUACUGUUCUUUAAAUCUUGUUCUGCAAAUUCUUCAUGGAAUAAGAGCGUUUGUUCUUCCAGCCCUUGGCAUGAGGAAGAAUUUGAAGAAGUUAGGCGAAUGGGCAGUCAUCACAGGCUGCACAGAUGGAAUAGGAAAAGCUUACACUAAUGAGCUCGCAAGACAAGGCUUGAAGUUGGUCCUUAUCAGCCGUACCAAGGAAAAGUUAGAAUCUCUUGCAGGAGAACUGAGUAAGAAAAAUAUGGUUCACUGUUAAAAUUUGUUGCUUUGCAGUGCCGUCAUUAUUUCGAUGCUGAAAUAGAGUGGAUUAUGCUAAUUUGUAUUUAAUGAUUUAAUAAAGAAAGUGAUUUCUUUUUAUAUCAGGGUGAAUCAGACAUGUAAAGUAUAAAAUAAUGCUUAUUAAAUAAAUAAAUUGUUUGUGAAAUGUUAUGUUAUUUUAUUUUAUUACAAAGGAAAAUCAGUCAAAUGUAAGGUGAAUACCACAAAUUCUUACAUAUUUUGAUCCCCAUUUGAUUGGCCAUGGCACUUUUAACAAGUCACUGUCAAAUCAAAGCGUUCCCACUGUCAUAAGAUUUGUG